AUGGAAACUUGUCAGGGAACAGCAGGGAAAUCCAAAGGACGAGAGGGCAAGGGUGAGAACCAGGCAGGACAAGGCAGGGCAGACAGACUGAGGAACCGGGAGGGUGAUCCAAACUGUAGACUCAGGAAGGUUCAUUGUUUACUGCCUGUCGCUAAAGUUUUCCAACAACAAAUGGCAGCACAACCCUUGGUACACUGGAAAAGUGGGCUCUUUGAUUGCUUUGAGGACGCAAACACUUGUUGCUAUGGUUUCUGGUGCUGCCCAUGCCUUGCCUGCACGGUUUCAGGAAGAUUUGGAGAGAAUCGUUGUCUCCCAUUAUGUGACAUAUUCAGCCCGGCCAUAUUAGCAGCCUGUGGCAUACCUCUGUUUGUGCCUCCUGCAGUCCUCUCUCUAAGGGCUGGCAUGCGAAACAGAUAUGGUAUCAAGGGUUCUAUCUGUAAGGACAUUGCAGUUUCCUGUUUCUGCUCCUGGUGCUCCUGGUGUCAGAUGCAUCAAGAGUUAAAACAUCACACAGAAACUCCCGUCGUCGUCACUGUGCAGAAUCAAAACGUAAUACAAAUGCAGCCUGCUCCAGUAAUGAUGGCUCCUGUAUACCCAGCCCAGCCUGCUUUUGUGAACUAUCCAGGAGUGAUCACUAUAUCAUAGUGAGCUUUGUGGCCUCUCAUUGGUCCGUUGUGUCUUCUGAAG